AUGUUCGCGUCGAUGCGAAAGACCAAGGUAGCGGCAUCCAAGAAGCGACAGAUCGGCCUGCCUGCCUCCAUUCUUGACGACAGCGACGAAGGCUCCUUCUCGUCCUCUUCGUCCGGGUCCCAGUCCGACUUCCAGAGCUCCCCGGAGGAGGACAGCGAGCAGGAGGACCAGGGCAAGAGCGAGUCCGGAGCCACGUCCAGCGACGACAGCCGCUCCGUGACCCGGAGGAAGCGCUCGUUUCUGGGCGGCGACGGGAGCUCCUCGUCCUCCAGCCGGGGCGAGGAAGAGGAAGAGGAGGAGGGUGACGACGACCGGGACCGGGGUCGCCCGAAAAGCGGGGCGCCCCCCAAGAAACGGAGCCGGGUCCAGCGGCAGGACGAGUCGGACUCGGACCCCACGGAGGAGAAGCGGAAAGAAGAGGAGGAGAAGGCGAAGAGGAGGCAGAGACACAACAAGCUGCUGGCGCUGUCCCGGAGGAUGAAGGCCCGCGUCCCCAACCGGAGGAGGAGCCGCCUGAAGCAGGGUGGUGGUGACAAAGAAGAGUCUAAAGAAGCUGAUCAUAAAGCUGGUGGUGAAGAAGAAGAAGAUGAAGAAGAAGAAGAGGAGGAAAACAGUAGCAAGAAAGUUGUGUCAGGAGCUGAUGGGGAGGAGGAGAAAGAAGACGGGGGGAGUAGCGGAUCUGCACAGUGA